AUGGUGCGAGGAGGAAGUGAAACUUACUUCUGGUUUGAUCCUUGGACACCUUAUGGUGUUUUAAUUGAUUAUUUGGGACCUUCGGGCCCUUCAGAUUUGGGAAUCUCAAUGGAUUCUCUGGUUUCUUCCAUUACUCAAGGUUCUGCUUGGACCCUAAGACCGGCUAGGUCUGAGCGACAAGUGAAUCUUCAUGUUUAUCUUACUUCAUUUUCUCCUUUUCCGGGGUCUGACGCUGCUAUUUGGAAAGUUAGAGAUUCAAUUUGUGCUAAUUUCUCUACAAAGAAAGUGUGGCAGUUCUUGAGAAUGGCUAAGCCUUCAGUUUCGUGGGCGAGAUUUAUAUGGAAUCAGGCAAUUAUUCCUAAGCAUAGGAUUACUUCCUGGUUGUUCAUGCUUAACCGUAACCCAACUAUGGAUCGAUUAAUCUCUUGGAGUCUUGAUUUGGAAAAUUGUUGUCUGCUGUGUGGAAGUGCACCUGAAUCUAGGGAUCAUUUGUUCUUUCUAUGCCCUUACUCCACUCUUGUUUGGAAAGCUGUUACUGGAGUGCUUGGUUUCACUAACCCUCCUCUUCAAUGGGAUUCUGUUCUUCAUUGGUUUGAAUCUGCUACAAGUAAUCAAGUUCUGUUGGCUGCUUUGCUUCAGCUCUGGCAUGGAGUUAUAUAUGCGUUAUGGCAAGAGCGCAAUGUACGUUACCACGAUGGUCUUACAAAACCUCAUUGGAUGUUAUCUCGAGAAGUCACCAAACAGGCAAAGGACAAAUCUGCAGCUAUGCGAAACUGUGGAUCAGAACUUGGCUUGAGUUUGGUGACUUUCUGGUCUGCUGUUUAA